AUGUUCCCGGUGAACGACAUCAAUUUUGUGGUUUGCGGAUUCGCGACAGUCGCAGCGACAAUGGGAUACGCUUGUUCGCGCCGCUACGCACACAAUUCAACUUCACCGACGCUGGGGGCUCUACCGGAGCAGUUGGGUGAUCGCCCGGACGAUAAAACCCAGAUUGCCUCACCAUCGAACGAGAAAGUUAUCGAUCAGAACGAAACGCUGCUCCAUGAACCAGAGGCCAUUGUCCCAUCAACCGCGUUAUCCAGGCGUUCGUCCUUGAAGCGAAAACGACCAAACGACGACGACGACGAUGACUAUUCAAAUCUGCUGUCCAUUUACCCCCCAGCAAAGCGGAGCAGGACUCCGCCGUCUGACAUCGAUGACAGUGACACCAUCAUCUCCGCAGCCGCAGCCCCGGAGACGCCAGCUCGGACCGAUGUCGAAGAGGGACCCAAGGUUGAAGCUGUUGGUCUUCCUGGAUGUCUUUAUGAGAACGCUAUCUUACACGCCUUGAAGCUGCCUCCAGUCGAUGAGUUACCGAGUCUGACCGCGUCGCCUCAGUCUGAAUUAUCAGACGAAGGGUCAGAAGGACCAAGCACGCCCCCUGACGUACCCCUCGUUCUGCCCCUUUCCCCGAAGAAGUCGCCCUUGGACCUAGCCUCACCCACACCACCCGCUACCCCACCUCCACCGAAACGCUCUGCCACUUUCGGUGGCACUUUUUCUAACGGCGGCUUUGCUGCCUUCGCAGGCAGCAGUUCACCGUUCAGUUCUCAGAGCUUCAGCUCCCCCUCUCCGGAAAGGGGAAUUAAACCCGCAUGGUGCAUUCCAUCUGGUUCAAAGUCGAUUUUCGACGCUCCCAACGAGCCUUCGUCGAACGCCUUGGGUGUUGAAGAGGUCGCAAUUGCUCCUGCAGAAGUGCGGUCCGACUCGCCCCAGACUCAUAUUACUGGCGAAGAGGACGAAGAGGCCCAGCUCGAGCUGAAGAACAUCAAGCUCUUCGUAAAACGAGGGAAGAAGAACUUCUCGAACGGAAUGAUCGGCAGCAUCAAGCUACUCUCGAAUAAAUCGACUAAUAGCGAACGCUUGCUUUUCCGUCGCGAGCCCUUGUGGAAAGUGUCCAUGAAUGUCCGCGUGAACACCAGCGUGCGGUGCACAUUCGAUGCCGAGGAGCACGUCCUCCGGAUUGUUCUAGCAGAGACGGUCGAGUCGCCCGAAAUCCCCGCCGAGCAGUGGCCUAGAGAAAUUGUCGUGUACGCUUUAAAGCCCGGUCGCUCUUCGAAGAGCGACUUUGCGGCCUUUGCAGAGGCGUUGAUCGCACGUCCCAAUCUGACGUCCACCCCGCCGCAAUAG